AUGUCCACUGUCGAAGAGUUUCAACCCCUGAGAAGAUUCUACAGGUCGAAAUGGGCAGUUCCGAAAAGCACUUCGCUAAAUUUCCAAGCUUAUCGCGAAAUACAAGAAAUCUCUCGAUUGCCCAAGUCCUUCACCGAUGUUGACUUUUCAACGCUCGAACGGCAACAGACAAAUGCAAGUCUGAAAGUCUCGUUUGCCGAAGAGUUGGAAGAUCCGGACGAUUUUAAAUGCUGCGAUCUCCAGGAACACAAAAAAGUCACCGGAAGGAGAAAGUUUCUUUAUCAACUCAAGUUGACAUUUGUCAAGCUUCGAGCUACCUUUGCAGAUAAAACAAGAAAAGAGGAAAUAAUUUCUAAUUUCAAACAUCGACAAAGCAUCGUUUCUCAUAUUUCAACAAAUUUAAACAUUGACUCUGACGACAAAAAAGAGAUGAACGAUAUGUACGAGUGGGAGGACCAGUUUCAGAAUAACGCUGACGUCGGAGGAGACGACGAGUCGGAGACAGAGGAUGAGGAACAAGACGAGGCGGCUCUUCAGCCAACAACAGCUGAUGAUUUCAACAAGGGCAAUAUGGAUGACGAGGCGGAAAUGGAUGAUGGAGGCGAUGACCCGGACAACGAAGAAGAAGAAGAGGACCAAAUGGCCGAAGUCGAAAGCGAGAUCGAAGCGCUUCUCGAGAUUCCAGUGCUGCUUUGCGUUGGAAUGGAGGAAGCAAGAGGUGAUAUUGGCAUGAGUGCAACUGACGAUGAAAUGAGCGACGAUGACUUUUCGUUUGAUUCUGGCGAUGAUCGGCCCCCAAGUUGA